AUGCGGCGUCUUCACUGCAUUGACAACGCUGAGAGAUUGACCUUGUGCUCCAUCGGCAGUGAGCCGCCGUCACCAUUGCCAAAGGCCAAGCUCCCUGCGACUUCGACGAUCCGGAAACCCUCGGGCGAACCCAUCCUUCACGAAGACAUCUACACCAUACCGAAUGCCCUGACAUUUACGCGACUCCUGGCCGCCCCCGUCGUCGGAUACUUCGUUCUGCAUGACCAGCAUGUCUGGGCGACGGGCCUCUUCGCAUACGCCGGUAUAACUGACUUCAUCGACGGAUGGAUUGCUCGCCGAUGGAACCGCAAGACGGUCGUUGGCACUGUCAUUGACCCAAUGGCCGACAAGGCCCUCAUGACCAUUCUGACUGUCGCUCUUGCUGCCAAAGGAAUGCUGCCCGUUUGGCUUGCUGUCAUCAUCCUCGGCCGCGAUAUGGGUCUUGGUAUCGCUGCCAUCUACUACCGGUGGAUCUCGCUCCCGCCUCCCAAAACUUUCUCCCGAUACUGGGACUUCUCUCUACCUUCGGCUGAGGUCCACCCCACCACUAUCAGCAAGUACAACACCUUGUUCCAGGUCGGACUCAUUGGCCUGACUACGGCCUCGCCCAUCAUUGGCGUCGACCUGGCGCAUGUUCUCACUGCAUCGCAAUAUCUGGUUGCUGCCACAACCAUUUGGAGCGGCGCGAGUUACGUCUACACCAAAGACGCUGUAAAAAUACUCAAUCGGCCCGAGCCCGGGGAAAAGCAAAAGAAGCAAUAG